CCACUACUAAGCUCUGAGCUCCGAGCUUCAAAGCCGCCGGGCGCCACGAUUGGAGACGAUCGACCUGCCUUCAUACACGUGUCAUCGUCGAAGCCGUUGAUAUGAUGAGGACGGAGUGCGCUUCUGGGACCAGCGCCGCCGCUGGCGAGCGGCGAUACAGGGGGGUACGGAAGCGGAAGUGGGGCCGGUGGGUGUCGGAGAUCCGGUUGCCCAAUAGCCGGGAGAGGAUCUGGCUGGGGUCGUAUGACUCGGCGGAGAAGGCGGCGCGGGCCUUCGACGCUGCCGUCGUCUGCCUCCGCGGCCGCCGCGGCCGCCUCAACUUCCCCAACUCGCCGCCGCGGAUCGCCGGCGGUCAGUCGCUCAGCCCCCGCCAGAUCCAGGCCCUCGCCGCCCGCCACGCCCACAAAGACAACUCCGAUGCCGCCACCACCGCCGCCGACGUGGUGGCACCGGUGAUGUCGUCGUCGGAGGCGUCGGACGCUCCCACGACGGAGAGCGAGGAGGUGCUCGACUGGUCGUUCAUGGACAUACUGUCGUCACCGGAUGUAGUCGGGAUGGAUUUCCCGACAGCAGCGGCGGCGAUGGAUGACUUCUCUUACGAUUUCUUCGCGCCGUCCAUGGCGGCUGCGCCGCCGGAUGUGGCGGAGGAGAACGGGGGAGUAGGUUUCGGCGGGAAUUCGUUUUUGUGGAGCUUCUAACAUUGGGCGCCAAUUUAAUUCGUUUAUUCAUUCGUUUAUUUUGUAUUAAAAUAAUUAUUUUUCUGGGGAGAUGAAAAUAAUUCUUUUAUUCUUUUUUAAGGGGAGUUGGGGGAUCCGACGGCGAAUUUUUGUAGCCGAGGGAUUUUCUGGCAGCUGGCCGGGGUAUUUGAAUCCGGCGGCGGUAGGCUUCCCUAUUUUCUGGGCUAUUGGGUUCAAUUAUUUUGUUCUCACAAGAAUUAAGAUGUAUGCAUAUGGAUAAUAUCAAUAUUCAAAAUACUGUUAAAUCUCA